UAAAUCUUGAAGCAAUAAUUUUGGUUAUAUUUUCGAAAUGGAUGAUCUUGAAAAGGAUGUGGAUUUGUCCAGAAGGGAUCCAAAUGAUCUCAACAAACAUGUACAGACCGCAUUUGAGGACGUCCUUGGGGAACCUGAUGGAUCCCACAGUCCCGACUGUGUUUGGAGAACAAGUGCUAUGUGCUUCAAGGGAGGUAAAGCCUGCUGUUACACACUCCUGACAGGCCUGUGCGGGAUCUUCAUAGCCUUAUACUGGGGCUGCGAGUUCGCAUGUAUCUCAUUUGAACAAAUCUGGUGCACCACCCCAUGGCUCAGGGUCUGUGGAAUUUACUUCGGCUGCCUACAAAAGUUCUUUGGUACAUGUAUAUCCUGUUGUCUGGCACCAAUUUGCGAGACAGCUGGUUUGUUUUUUAGCCAGAUAACAGUAAAAAAUAGUUGACAUGAAAAAGAAAAUCGGAAAGCUGUGCCAUAUUCUACGUCUGUGACACUUUUGUAAUUUACACAUUUUCUGUUCAUUCUACAUAGAAGAAUUCUGACUUGGGAAUAACAUGGUCUAUUUAGAUUUUGUCUGUAAAGAAAAAAAUCUUAUAAUGAAAUACCUUGUUUCUAUGUAUAUUUCUGUAAUAAAACAGACUU